UCGCAUGAUCAUAAUGGUAUUGUCCUUGGUCCGCAAAAACGUUCUUGGAAUGUUGGCUGUCAUGUAUCGCAAACCAAGCGUUCGCAAGACUCUUCCUUCACCAAAGGGCAGAGAGGAUUCCAGGAAAGCAAAUUUUUGCGUAGUGAUUUUAAGCGCGAAUCCAAAGGAUCUGAACGGAGUUCUGGUCGGUCCACUGCUGCUGGUAGUUCCGGGUUUGGUCGUGGUGCUGCAUACGGGAAGGAAAUUAUCACAUCUAAGACUCACCCAGUUGAGUCUCUUAAAGAAAUGGAGAAGGAGCCAGAGUGGUUUACUGAAGGCCCUGAAACCAUAAACGACACUGUUGAGCUUGGUUUGGUUAUCGAGGACAGCGAUAUCAAAAUUGAUAAAGCACUAACAGAUAAAGAAUCUGAUGGUUCCCAACUGAACCCUUCUGAUGUUGAUAGCGCAAUUCUCUCUCUAGACAAGGAUAAGCUUCCACCUCACUUUCCCACUGUUUCACCAAGCUUGAGUGAAGCAGACUUCUUAAAGUUUAUCGAUCUUCCUAAGGUUGACAAUGAAAGUAGUCAGCUUGGUCAUUUUCUUGGGGGCUCAACUUUGAACAGUCCGAGCUCCAGUACUAUUCCUGAAAAUAACUUGUCCGACAAAUCAUCUUCUAGACUGCUUAAACUUAUUGCAAGUUCGAACAAUUUACCGGUUCCACAGGAUCAAGUUGCCCCCAUUCCAUCAUCUCAGACAUCAGCUGCGGAGCUUGAGUCGGUUUUAAGGGCUCUAUUUAUCGGAAAUUCACACUCUUGUAAAUCACUCGAAGUUCCUAAGGUAUCCCCGAAGUCACCACUUUUGAGUUCUGUUCCGACUGUGGAGGAAAUUGAGGCUGCCGCAUUCUUUGGGAAUGGUGCAACCCCGCCAAAACCCACGUCAAAUCAGUCAUCUUUCUUGCUUGAUCAACUAGUGCGUCCGUGGAGUAUCAAGCAACAGUCGGUCCCCACAUCAUCUAGCUUUGGUGAUUUCGCCCACCCUUCCCCUUACAGCCGUGAUUUGCUGGAACAGAGGGAAAAUUUGUUUGCAGAUACUGGGUCGCCACUUCCAUCUGCUCUAGAGAUAAAUCUAGAACAGAAAGUCGACAAUUGGACUGGACCAAUUUUCGGUGAAACGUUGAUUGAUGUUCCUGGCGGUCCUUCUUCGUCGACACGGGGACACAGCCAAUUUGUUAAUCGAAAGGUGAACGCAUCUUCAAGACUCCUGCCGAACGACCCAGCAAUUGCUUUUCAGUAUACCCAACGCAGACCCAUAGUUAAGGGUCUCUCUGCAAUGGAUCCCUCAACAUCUCAAAAUCAUCAAAGGUUGCCUCCCAGUCAACGGUCUCCCUUCUUUUCAACCACUUUUCGUCCCAGCGUGCCAUCCUCGGCUUUCCGUUCUAGCCCAAGCGUGGAGUCUACCCUUCUGCAGCUAAAAGGCUCUGCUACCGCCCAGCAAAAUCCCUUUACUCCACCCAACUCUCUUUUUGCAUCAAAUGCGACAAUCGGUGUUGGCAGCAGCAACCGCCUUGAACAACUUCUUCUCUCCGCGUCUGUUGCGGCAGCCUGCAAUAUGCCUCACAGUAGUCUUUACCCCCAGCAUCGACUAAGGCAGAAUGGCUCCGCACCAAACCUCCUGCCACCGGCUUGGCAGGCGGCCACCGCAUCACCUUCAUCCACGGUUGACUUACUUCGAUCGGGCAUUACUGGGGCGAGUAGUAUUUGCGGCCCUCUUCCUUCUCCUGGCUUGGAGCUGCCUGGCCUACACAGGAAGGGCUCUUAG